AUGUCGCUCAAGGCGAAGAUUGAUGUGUUCCCGUUCGAGGCCUACCUGCUGCAGGACCCCUCUGUUAUGAGUGUCAUGCAGGCGGUGGUGCGGGGCACCAAUGCGAACACCAACACUAAUAAUAAUAGCGGCAUGAACGACGGCAGUGGUGUCGGUGGUGGUGCGGUGAAUAAACGUCGUGAUGCUGGCGGCAAUGCCUCUCAGGCUGUGGAGCGGCGACUCAAGACGCCACUAGAAAAACUCAUGAGCCUCAAGGCGCGUUGUCGCGAGGAGCAAUGUGUGCACUCGGUUGAGGGUGUCCUUCUUGUACACGAUCACGACCACCCGCACGUCCUUUUGCUGCGGCACAAUAACACAAAGUCGCUAGCACAGUCACGCGUGUUGCCAGCGACGAACGUAAACAAUCUGGCCGUCUUCUGCUUGCCUGGUGGGCGUUGCAGGAAAGGUGAACCGGAGGAGAUGUGUCUACUGCGAAAGCUUGGUAGGGACUUGCUAAAUGAAAAAAAAAGUUCGAUGACGUCACGGGCAGCGGAGAACGAGCAGUCGGAGACGGUGGUUGAGGUUGGUGCUUCGCAUAAUGUGGCGCCGUCCACGUCGUCCUUUCGCGUUGGCGAAGUCCUUGGGCGGUGGUACAGGCCACACUUUGAUCCCUUUAUGUACCCGUACGUUCCAGCGCAUGUGGCUGAGAGUGAUGUGAAGGAGGUGCGAACCGUUUUUCUUGUGCACCUUCCACCGCAGAUGCUGCUGACGGUGGCGCAGCGUGACAUGGAGCUGGUUGCCGCACCUCUGUUUGAUUUGUAUGAAAACGCCGCGAAGUACGGCUCCCUCAUCGCCUCCAUCCCAACACUCUUGUCGCGUGUAAACAUCAAUUACUGCAAGUAG